AUGUACCAGCUACUGAUUGUUGUAUCUUUGGUAUACUCAUCGCUGGCCUUAGUGCAAGGUAUGUUUUGCAUUAUAUAUUAGUUAAUAAUCGUAGAACAACAACGACGAAAUAUAUAAGAAAUUAUGCUCUGAUCUGUAAGUGCUUUUUUCCUUUUUUGAUACUUUACUGUACGUACAUAUAGAAUGUCUUUUGACCUCAUUAAUGAUCAAAUUCAUAUUUUUAUGCAUGGAGAUUCAAGAGUAAACCCACGAAAAGCUAUAUGUAUUAUUUCCUUCAAUCACCUGCGUACAUAAAUUAAGUAACUCACUCUCUGGUAUUGAAAUAGUUGUAAAGAACGGGACAUUGCACAAGACUCAGACACGAGAAUCGAAGAAAAUUAAAUAUGUCCACACAUUGAUAUCUUUUUCCUACUUUCUUGCGCAGAGAUGAUUUAUAUACAUUUAAUGUCAAAAAACCCUGCAGUUAUUGUCCUGAGAGCCUCUUAAUUUAUUCUUUUUAUGGUUCCCUUGAACAAGAUACGUCGGUGGCUUUAGUUACCAGAUACAAAUGUCAGAGCUACAAACUCUUCAAAAUAUCGUCUGCGAAAACUGCCUGAUGGUCUAAUAGCCGGAGUCGCACGGGGAGUCCACUCUCAAAAAAUAAAACUUCCAAGAAAGAAUCUUGAAAUAACUCGAUUUUUCGAAAGACGAGAGAUAUUAGUGAUAUCUCUUGUAUUUCAAAGCAAAAUUCUUUCAUGCAUUUAACUGAACAUUUACUCCAAUUCCGUUUGGGCGUAGCUGCCUUCAGUUGCAAAAACUGGCGAUGCAAGUAAGUUUAAAAUCUAUACUAUAGUUGCCGAGAGGAUCGAUACAAAUAAAUGCAUAAUAAAUCAUUAACAACAGAAAGACCGCUUUCUUCCUUUAUGCCUAAAACACAAAACACUAAGUGCUGAAAGGCCAAAGACAAAUUUCAUAGCUUCGAACUAAACGGCCUUUUUAUCUAACAGGGAACUGUGGAGUUCGCCCUCACAUGCGUAUUGUUGGCGGUGUAACAGCUCCCAAACAUUCAUGGCCAUGGCAGGCAAUGUUAAUGACGAAAAGUAAAUCUCAGUUCUGUGGAGGAACGUUAGUUCACCCAAAUUGGGUUGUGACCGCGGCGCACUGCGUGGAAAACUUGAAGAAUACCAAUGUUUUUGUCAGGUUACAAAAUAGUUAUCAAAUUGUUUUAUUAGCAAUUUUGACUUAAAAUCUAUUUACCUCGUCCACGUAUUCUAUUCUAUUCUCUUAUUUUCUAUUCCAUUCUAUCCUAUCUUAUUCUGUUCUAUUUUAUUCUAUUCUGUUCCAGCUAUUCUAUAUUCUAUUGGUGGUUUUCACAGCGGUCACGCCGUCAAAAAUAAAAAUGGAAACCUUUUAAUACAGAAGGUCUAGAAUCUGGGAAAUGAAGGGAGAUAAUUUACAAAAAGCCUUGCCAAGAAUCAGGUCUGUGCAAUAUUUCAUAUGCGAGAUAUGCGGAAAAAUGUUUUACCCAAAUUUAUAAAGGAAUAAAGCUUUGCCGCGGAGACGCUAUAUUUGUGUCCUACUCAGGGGCUCAGGGGCACAAAUAUGGCCGCCGGAAACCAACAGAAAAAUCUGUUUUUGAGUUUUUUUAAUGUGUGAAUUCUUCGCUUGAGGAACUCAUAAAGAUUAAAGCAAUAUUUAUUCUGAGACAAGGAAUGUGUAGAUAGCAAAAUCUUCCAAAAUCGGUAAUGUUUUUAACACACAUGAGAGCUUUCCUGGCCGUCAACUAAAUGCCGCGUCAUGCGAAAGCCUUGGAAAUUCAAACGUCCUGCACCGCAAAACAAAGAACCCUUUUGAACCGAAAAUUUGUUUGUAUAAAGGUUUUAAGGUGCUGUAGUAGAAACACAGAAGAAGCGAUUGUUUAAUAAUUCUUAGUUUGAAUUUUGGUGACGUCAUGUGAAAACCGGGAAUUCUAUUAUAUUUCAUUUGUUAUCUCCUAUCCUAUUCUAUUUUAUUAUACUCCGUUGCGUUCUGCUCUGUUCUGUUUUACUGUAUUCUAUUCUGAUCUGGUCUUGUCUGUUCUAUUCUUUUCUGCUCUAUUCCAUUUCUUCCAUUUCAUCCCAUUCUAUUCUACUGUAUUGUGUUCUGCUCUGUUCUGUUCUACGCUACUCUACUCUCAGUUCUAUAAAUAAAUUCAUAUUUUAAUUAUACUAAGGCAUAACUUCUUUCAGGGGAAACAGUGCAUCGACCAUUCAUUUUAAAGUCUAAUUCUUCUUCCACAUCAUAGGCGAUGUUAGUUUUUAAUACAUGAGAUUUCUUAUGGUUAUGACCGGCUUAGUUUCUUUCUUCGGAUUGAUAGGAUGGGAGCGCACUCAAGGACGAAUGAUAUAAAAUUUGGAACAGAGCAGGACUUUAGCGUUGAGGAGGUGAUAAUCCAUCCUAACUACCGCGUACCCAAGUUUGAGAGCAACGAUUUUGCGCUGUUAAAACUGUCAAAGCCUGCUAAACUAAACAAAGCCGUCGGCCUGGCAUGUAUUCCAGAUCUUGGUCUUCCAUUGCCAAUCGACAAUCCGAAUGUGAAGUGUUGGACAACUGGAUGGGGAAGACUUUCGGAAGGCGGUCUCAAGCCAACCUACUUACAGCAGGUCGCGGUACCUCUUGUUUCUCAAAAACAAUGUGCUAAAAUUUACUACAGCUCAAUUGACAGUUCCAUGCUGUGUGCUGGUGUAGUUGAAGGAGGCAAGGAUGCUUGUCAAGGUGACAGUGGAGGACCACUAGUCUGUGAAUUCAAUGGAAGAUGGUACUUGGAAGGGGCCACAAGUUUUGGAGUUGGAUGUGCUUUACCCGACUUUGUCGGUGUGUACGCAAAGGUCCGUCAUUUUCUUCCUUGGAUGACGAAAGUUACAGCUGGAGAAGUAACAAGUAAGUCUAUGAAAGAAAAAGGAAAACUACCCGCCCAAUAGUAGAUCCUCGAAAGAGACUCUGCAAAAAAUUUACCUGAUGUUACCUCUUUUAAUUACUAUUUGUAUCUGACUAAGUCUGUUUAUGAUGUCAACACCGUUAUACUUUCCUCCAAUUCUUUUUUUAGUGCCGUUUCUGUUGUUGCUAGUUCAUUGUCAUAAUUUUUUUUCUGGACCUCAUCGUGGAGCUUGCUCUGUGAGUUACCGAGGCCUCUUGGCAAAGUUUGUAAAAUAAAUAAAUAAAUAAAUUUUUAAUUCACAGCUUCGAAUACACACGAAAAGUUCAUUUGCCAGGACAAAAAGGAGGUGAUCAAUUGCAGUGGAAGAAAGAUAAGAGUUGUUUCCGCCUAUUAUGGAAGGACAGAGAUUUUUAAGUGCGGCAUGGGACUCACGACGAAUUGUAAAGCAAGUGGGUCUGGUUCCAUGGUAGGUGCAUGAUAAGGAAUGGCUGUUUACCAGAUGACGGAAGCUUGGAAUUAAACAGGAAAAGCUUCAGUAACCGGGAAGGCUCAGAUCAAGAGCUAGUGAUCAAAGCAAUUGUUUGAGUUGAUACUUACAAUGCUGGACACAACAAAGGGUGGGGAUUUGAAUUGUAUGAUUUUUGAGGGAUCUGGAGUUGUUUGUGUUUGUUACCCAACGUUCAAUACGUGUGCAUGUCUUCCCUUUUUUGACAAACGAGGUUAUACGUGCAAGAAUGGACGAUCACUAUAAACUCGAGGGUGAUAAAGUUUGGCACGAACGUAAACUUACUUCCAUUGAUUGGCAAUAUAUUUUUUCUCAUCGUUUUUUAACAUUUUCUUAGAUAAUGAAAGCCUGUAAUGGAAAGGGGUCAUGCGUUCUCUACGCAUCUAACGACGUAUAUGGGAAUCCUUGCCCGGUGUACGCCUCCAAGUAUAUCUACAUUAAGUACAAGUGUGAGUAAAAUGUAAGUAUUAUUCUUUUCUUUUUUAACUUUUACAAGCUAAGAUGACUCUUGUAAUGUUAAUCAUAAACUGACAUACAGAGCUUAGGCAAUGAUCCUAGGCCUAAAAGCAGCGUUUUUUUGAAUGACAACGCUUCUCGACGCGUUUUCCCGCCAAAAUGAUGCUGAUUCACGCUCGUGCUUAUCAUUUAGUAUUGAGAUAAAUCCAUGAAGUUCUCGUACUCUCGUUCUCGUCUUAGUAUCUUAAGGUAUCUACUGUAGAACAAACAAUUUACAUAGCCUGAAAAUUUUUAAGGAAAGACCUUAUCAUUCAUUUUCAGGCUUGAGCCGCUGGGGAAACGUCAAAGAAGAAAUCACCGAUGAGGUUUUAUGGCAUUGA